AUCAUUUGUUUUUUGACAGAUGUGAUUUGACAAAGACGUAAUGAUUUUAUAAUUCACAUACUGGUUGUAUCUCCCCUUUUAUAUUUAUUAGAUACUAAUUAUAGUUUAUAUCAUUAUAUUUGAUAGUUAUACGACUUCCGCUGUCGUCUGAUAUGAAAAUUUCAAGUUUAUAAUGGGCGACGGUUUAAAGCUGUCCAAAGAUAAGCGCCAUAGGAGCUCAAGUAGCCUCGGUGGGACCGUGGUAGAAAAAACACGUUCAGAGCGAAAGCUGAACUUGACAGGAUCCAUUGCUGAAGUAGACGAUCAAUUUGCUUUAGCAGAAGCACGAUGCGAAAAUUUACAAGAAAAAAUCGAUUUAGUAAAAGUGAUCAAAAAGAAGAAAAAGCUUAAAAAGCUAAGUAUGACCCGCGUAAAUGAAACGCCUGUGCCACCCGAAAAUAUGUCCUUCAUUACUGUAAAAACGCAACCGAAAAAGCAGGCAGUCCAGUCGCGGCAGCGUCGGCUAGAGGCGCCCAGCCUCGACUCCGCGGCGGAGGAGCAGCGCCGCAUGCUCGGCCAGGUCCGCGGCUACAACGAGGCCUACUACGAGCCGCAGCAUCCUUACAAGCAAUCGCAAAAUAUGGAACCGAAUCUUCAGCGGAUGCGCGAUCGUAGGGCGCGUGCCGAUGGCGACAGGGUGAUGUGCGGGAAAAGCAUUCAGAUCGACGGUCCAGGCCCGGUCCGGGAUGAUGCUUCGGACUACGAAGAAUUUCAGCAACGCGACUUUUUGGGAUCGCCCAAAAAGACAUCAUCCAAAGUAAUGUCCCCAUUCCCGAAGCACAUCGGACGUCGAAAGCACGUUCCGAGGGACGUUCCAGCCAAAACAGUUACGACACAGCCAGGCGGAGACGAGCCCCGCGAGCGGCCGAUAGUGGAGCUUUUCAGCAACAAUAUGAAGAAUGCGGCGUUGAACGCGUCCACGCGGCAGCCCGUCGGCUUGGAGCGAAAGCUUAAAAAGGACGUACGAGACGCUAUUACGCGACAUGGGAAGCGCAACAUUCAAGACAAAUUUAGCGACCAAAGGACAGGCCCUUUGGGCGACGUGUCAACACAACCGGUAAAGUUAUUUAGGGCGCGGCACUCGCACAAGCUGAAACAUCGUUGUCGACGCUAUGAGCUGCCGACCAUGGCCUCUCAGAUGAAGCAGGCGGGCACGCGCUACUACCAAGGCACCAGCGCUUACCCCAACAUACCCUUUGUGGUCAGCAAGAGCACCGCCCCGUCGCACAACAUCGGCGUCAACAUACAGCAGGUGCUAAACGGCCUCAAAGUGCAGCAACCGUUAACUGGCAUUCCACCCACAAUAGCACAUCACAUGGGCUUAGGACAUGUUUCUACGUUUAUGGCUAAUAACAAUAUAGCGCCGGCCUUGUCAGAGCAUCGCGAGAUCAACACGAUCAAGCUAGGACGGCGGCUGGUGCGGCUCCCGUCGCAUAAGUACAUGUCGUACAACCGCGCGCUCAACCUGUACCGCGAGGGCGACGGCAUGGUGCCGCGCUUCCUGCGGGCCAUCAGUCGCCCGCACUACUUCUACACCUCCAUGUACAACAGCUUGGCUACGACUCGGGACUUGGACGCCGCGACGUCGAAGGGCAACAACGCCACCGCACAGGAGGCCAAGCAGAGCCUGGCCGAGUACGCCAGCCUUUACCGCGAGUACGAGCAGCUGGACAAGAUGCUCCGCGAAGGCAACUAUGAGCCAGAGUGGGAACGCCGGCGAGACGAUAUUUGGAAGGAACUGGCAAUCCGAGAGGACCGUGUCCGCAUGAUGGUGCAAAAUUAUAACGGAUCGGACGCGGAGCCUGCGCCCUUGCGCGCGUCUGCGUCCACCGCCGAGGACGCGAACCGCAGACAUUCCAGUUACAAGUUAGGACAACUGCAACAUUGA